UCAUAUGUAUUUCUGUUCACAGCCUUUAAAAACAGCAAAGUGCUGGUGAAUUUCUGGAAUGGGCGGACUAAGAACAUGUCUGCAGCUGUUGCUCUGAAGAUCCCUCCUUCUUUGAGUGAACGCAUCGUCCUUGAGCUUCAGAUGCCAUUAGCAGCCAGGCAGAUGUUAGUGGAGCAGAAUCCAGAUUAUCCCUAUGUUGUGCCACCUGGAUACAGAGCUUCAGGGCCUUGCCAGCAGAGCUAUUUAGGUGAGAUGCACUGGGAAGAUAUUCCAAAGGACUGCUGUGUUGGUGCUGGCUGCAGCUCUGCCCAUCACCCGCUUUGCCACUGCUGCUUCCAGGCUUGGGAGUCCUUUAGGUCUCCCAUUUGCACAGUGCAACGAGAUGAUGCCUUGAUCCCCGGAACCCAACUGACAAAGGAAGAACUGAGCAGAAAGAUAGAAGAGCAGCUUUCAAAGGGAAGGCUUCCUAUUUCAGGAAGUAAUGAGAAGGAACAGAGCAAGAAGCUGAAGGAAGCAGAUGCCACUGCAGAUUUAAAAUCCCGGGAGCAGAUGGAAAGCAAGUUUACAAAACCAAACAAGGACCAUUUGAAAGAGGGAGUGUCAGAAGCUUCACAGGAAGGCCCUGGCACCAUGGUUGAUGUAGCUGUCAAGACAGACAAAUGCUUAACUCAGCAUAAACAGCAAAGACGAAGAGCCCUUUCCCAGUUCAACAAAAUCCCACUUUCUGCCCAGCCAUGCCAAAGGAGUCCUUCUCGGAAGACGUACGCUGCAGAUCCUUCCCAGCUCCAGGCAAUCUUUAACUGGGUGGACCAGUCACUGAAGGAAGACUAUUCUGCUGUCAAAUCGGUUUUGCCCAUCAGAAGAAGCCACAGUGCACCUCCCAUACAGAGAAUAGUGACAAAAGUGGUGACUCGAGAUGGUCCAAGAGAGAUGGGCAUCAACACAGCCAGGAUGGAGUUCAAACGGCAGAAGAUGGAGCAGAGGCAGUGUAAGGAGGAGCAGAGGCAGGAAGAGGAGCACCUCAGAAGAGAGCUGCUGCUUGACAACAAGAGGCAGAGGUCACUCCAGCGAACCUUGGAAGGCUCUCAAAAGCAGCAGGAGAACAUUGGGAGCUGGACCAAGUGGCAUAUAAAGAAACAGCUGCAGGCUGCAAGAGCAGAGACAGGGAGAGGGGAAUCCCACUUCCAGGAAGACCUAAAGAACAAAGAGGAACAAAGGCUGGAGUUCUUAAAGGCACAGCGCAAGCAGAGGGAAAAGCGGCUGGCAGAACACCAGGAAAGAAUUGAUGAGCAUGAGAAAAAAAGACUGGAGCUGCUCAGGAACAAAAUGAAAUCCAUGCAAAACAACUUGGAAGCCGCAGCUCAGGAGCAGGACACACAGAGGAAAGAGAAGGCAGCUGCCAAAUUGCAAAAGCUCCGAAAUCAGGACCGGAUGUCCCAGCAGGUGGAGAAAGAGGAGCAGAAACACAAAGACCUCCAACAGUAUCUCAGAGAGCAGAGUCUCCUGGUGCUGCGUGCCUCACUGUUGCCAUAAAAACAUUGUCGUCUGAAUAAGCCCACUUCUGGAACAAAGCUGCUGUUACUAAUGUUUGUAGGUGCAAGGCAGUGUGAUGUUGAGUGCUGUAGAAA